AUGGACUCCGUGAACGUGUUCGACAUUUACAACACUCCUGAGACUCUCUCGGCUCCCCCGAGCAAAAAGAAGGCAAGCAAGAGGCAUCCUGGGGAAAGCAGCAAAGUGCCUCAGGCUAAGAAGCCUCAUAAUGUAGGCCUCCCAGAGGACGGGCCCUCAACUAAUACAACUCCACCCUCUCCUCGCCAGCAGCAGACUCCCCCUGCUCCAGCCGGAACGACUCCACCUCCAGCAACCCCAACCGACCAGGCUCAGCACGCUGGUCUUGCUUCGACUGGGGGCGACAUAACUGGUCGCGCCACCAAAUUAAUCAAGGAUAGGGUCGCUAAAAUUGCAAAGCAUGACCGCUGCCGAGAGCACAACCAGGGUGCCAACUUCAAUUACCUUCCUGAGAAUGCAAGAAACGUCGAGCUCGCUCACUGUGCUUCUCGACUGGCAGAGGAAGAAAGAGCGAGGAUUCCUUCUUCCCCUGAGAUCUCGCUGGCCACUGGGAUGGACGGGGCAGACAAUGAGGCUGCAGAUGUCAUCGAUCAGGGCCCUCCUCAGGAUCCUCUGGCUCCUCAAGAUCCUCUGGCUCCUCAAGAUCCUCUGGCUCUUUAG